AUGUCUACGUCCAAUCGUCACUCAAAUCAAUUCGAAGUAAAAAAGAGGUUGCAUGUGCCUUGUACUAGUCAAUCUAGGUGUAUUGAUCGUGACUUCCAGACACCGCCGAUGCUGCCCAUGGACUCAAAUAAUACGCAGGUAGCUACCCACCGAGAGUCAAUUGGUAAUAUAAAGCGUAUGUUUGCACGUAAUAAGUCCAAAAGCUUCGAUAACCUCACCCAUCAGCCCUCGUUUGAAGAGGCCAAAGUCGUUCACAAGAAUACUUUCAGAUCUCUUAAUGCUAGAACCUCAGUAAACUCUCUCGCAAAAUCUACGCCUCUGAUCCAGCAACAAGUCUACAAGACGCCGAUUAAAACUGCAGACUGUUCCAAAAGGACAAACUAUUUAGAUGACAAGAUAGUACCCAAAUAUAGUCCGGAAUCCUCGAAAAGGCGCUAUUCGCAGCAGACAACAGAAUGGGAGGCCCCAUGCUUAUAUGAGGCAUAUCCUCAAGCCUUAAAGUACUCCUUUCUCCCGGCUUCGACCUUAUCUGCCGAAACGAUCCUACGCACAAGCAGUUAUAGACAGGGUAAUAAACCAUCUCAGGAUCUCCUGGAGCAAAGAUCAGAUCAACGCCAUCUCAACCAAGCAAGUAUCCAAGCAGAAAGCUUAGUACGAAAAAGGAUUGUAAAUACAAAAUCUCUUCACAAGCGAAAAUCAACCAGGGUGUUGGAGAAGCUAGAAUGGACAAGAAAGAUAUACGUCCUAGUUCCAUCUGGCUACUUACUGCAAUAUUCCGGAGCAGGGCCUGUAGAUCGAGUCCCCGAGAAAAUUAUGAAACUGGAGAAAGACUCUGUCGCAUUCGCAAGUGAUGUGAUUCCUGGAAAACAUUGGGUUCUCCAGGUUUCAAAUGCCCUGAACUCUGAUGGAACUUCUGCUGAUACCCGCUCCUUGCUUUCUCGACUCACUCAGAGAGGCUCAGAAUACAAGAAAAUUGCCACAAGCUUCCUUUUGGUUCUAGAUAGUGCUGAAGAGCUAGUAUCUUGGAUUACAGUCCUGAGAAAGGAAAUCAAUACUUUGGGAGAAGCAAUUCAAAUAUCAGAAAAGUCGAAGUGUUACUACGAAAAACCCCUUCCGCCUCUAGAGUUGCCACGUCGAAGAGUUCUCAUCCAUCGAAAUUCUGAUCUAUCGCCCGAAGCUCAACGGUUAGACAUGAUUUCACCGAAGCCAAACUCGAAUACAGCCGAUAAACGUAGGAUGGAAGGAAGGCCAAGAAGUGUGUGCAGCUCAAAGUCAGGCCGGCAUUCACCUCUCGCCUUUCGUCCAUCGACUGGCGAUUGUUCUACUCCCAAUAGUUUUAUUUCUCAUGACGGAAGAAGGCUACAAAGUCUUAGCGGUAGCCAGCAUCGCUCUUCAUAUACGUCCUCUGGCCAGCGCACUCUCUUGACAUCUCCAGGAUCAUCACCCUGCAGCUCGCCUAAUAUAGAUUCGUGCGAUAGCUGUCAUUCCCAAAUAUCAGCCAAAGACUCAAACUCGAAGCCACUCUGGGCGGGCCUAGCUGAAGUCCGGAAAAGCACGACGUCAGUAAAAUAUACGGAACAUGAGCAGGAUUAUUUCAAUUUUAAUCGAACCAGCGGGCCAUCCCCUGGGAUACUACCACACAGAUCUACGUUGACUAUUAAUUAUUCACAUCAAAGCUCCUCCAUCAAAGAAUCGUCAACGUUUGCCAGUCACACAGUUAAAUCUACCCGAAAACUUACAGACCCCUCUACGAAACCACAAUCCAACUCAUCCCAUAUUAUACACCUCCAUUGCCCUAAAACCUCAUCUCAAAUCACAGACUUUCAGCCAACUAACCGUAAUUCACGAAGAACAUCACAGCAAGGUCCCAUCCAUAGGAUCAUCCCUCCCACUCGAGAAAGUGGAGAUGCGACGACGCUGUUUCAAAAUACAUUGGGCCCGAGUUCGGAAACUACGGCGAAGACUGCACAAGUUGGAUCGAAGUAUUCGGGCCCGCGUGUGCGGGAGUCUCCCGAGGGCAGUCGAAGGAGAGGAGAUCGAGGACGAACACGUAGGGAGAACAUCAAUGGCGAACCUCGAGUUGAGCUAGAAAGUGCCUUCCCCUUCAAGCUCUCUCACGGGUCACGUCGCUCUCGGCUUCAGGUUGAGUCGCGGUGUCUAUACAAGGCACAGCUCACUUAUGACGAUGACGAAGACUUUAUCACCGUCAAGCCAUCGCGCCGGGCGAGUAUUUCUCGCGCUAUCGAUGCGCCAAAGAUGCGACGGGUCUCGUCGGACGACGGGCCCCUAACGACACUCAGCUACGCGCAUCACAUUGCGCAUCAGCUUGCCUCGCAGUGUCAUUGGCGCCCGAGUAAAUGUGCGCACUCAUCAUCGUCAUACUAUGUGAAGCCAGGUUCAUAUUGUUCGCGCGACACGACAUCGCCCGAAGUGCCUCGCGCCACAGCGCGACCACGGCGUUCGCUACUUAACAUUCUGCAGAGCUCGCCGCCCAUGCCGCCGCCGAGCUGUGCGCUACCACCCUUGCCGACGGUAGGGCGCAGGGGCCGAGCGGCAGAGCCUGGUGGGAAUGGGUGGGAGGGAGGUCGGGCGGCUGCGGGUGGUUGA